AACUGUUAGAAAUGCCGCUUAAUUUGUAUUCAAUAUUAUUAAUAAAACACCUGAUACCAUCAAAUAAUUUCUAUAUUUCAUUGUAGUUAUAAUUAUUAAAUAAAAUACGGCAAUUGAGUAGCCUUUCACCUCAGUAUGGCACUGAGGCAUCCGGCUUAGUAUUCCAUGUUUUACUAUACUUAUUAAAAUAAUUACUAACUUUAUGUAAGUUGAACAUGUACCAUAAUUCAUUUCAUAUUAAGAAAAGAUUUUACAAAUGUUUAAAUGUGGAAAUAAAUGUAAUAUUUGUUAAAUAGUUAUCACACCAAGAUGUAAAUUAAAAAGGUUUGUUUCCUGAGCGAGCAAUAUGGCGUCGCAUGUAUAAGAUACGGCUGUGUUCUUUUGGUUGAAAUUACAUUAAUGUUCGAAGCAGUGAAUGGUUGUUUAAUUCUAUCAAUUCAGAAGUGACAAGGAAUAUCUACGUCCAAUAGAAAGGUGUAGUAUUUGCAGAUUAACCGCGCGUCGACCGAAAGCAUAUAUAUGACUCGGUUUCGGUUGUAUUAUAUGUAUAACAAUGUAAAUAGGUAUCUUAGAAUCGAUUUAGUUAAAAUUAUUAGUUUCUAAUAUUUGAUUGUUUGACCUCCAAUAGAGAAUAAUUACAUUACCUUAGCUAUUGUUCAUUCUCUCGAGUAACAACUAUUUUUAUUGCAUUUUAAAAGAAAAUAGCCACGUACAGUCGUACAGUCAAGAGCUCAUUUAAUUACUAUCUUACCGGAUACAAAAAAAAAUACCUAAGUAUUUAAAUCAUUAUUGUGAUAGCUUCAUAGUGUUACCUAGAAUACAUUGAUGAAGUCCAAGAUGUCGGAUCGAGGCUUCACACCUUCGGGCUCUAUUCCCAUGCGCAAAGACAUGUCCUAUGAACGUUCAAAUUCUGAUCACUCAACACGUAAGAGGCGGCGACGCUCACGCAACCACGAUUCCAAGGAGUCACGGGACUCACGUCGUCGUACCCGUGAACGUCGGAAUCGACGAUUGAGACGCGACUCUUACUCCUCACGCGAUUCUUACCCAGCGACAUCAGUCAAGCGUUCUCGUUCUACAUCGCGUUCAUGGUGUUCCCGCGAUGAUUCACAGUCACCUACAAUAAGAAGGAGCCGAAUUCGGUCGCGUAGGAAUCUUAGUAAGUCAUUGUCACCGAAAGUAAUCAGAAGCCGUUCCCCUUCACGUAAAAGACCUACAGAGCGCAGGUCGCGCAUAGAUACUCCAUCGCCCAAAAGAAGUCGUUCGCGGGUGAUUGACCAACCUUGUCAAGAACGCAGUAACAUCACCACUAUUAAAGACGGCCAUAAUGCAACUCGUUCGCCAUGUUCGUCUCCGCGGACUGCACAAAAUGAAAGCCGUUGCGCUUCUUCAUUAAAUAGCUCGAAAACUGUACAUUCUUCAAACAGUAAAGACAAAUGUACAGAUGUGACGAGCGACUCAAUAAUAGAAAAACUAAUCAACUUGUUACAAAAUGGAGGUGUGCGUUCGAAUGCUCCGCAUAUUCCUGGGUCUCAAAAUAUUAUUACAGAAUUCGACCCUAACUCGAAAUCUCAAACUAUGAAAAAUUGGAUUACAAAAGUAAAUGAGUCAGCAGAAAUAUACGGCUGGUCUGAGCACCAAACUAUAUAUUAUGCUUUACCAAAACUUAAAGGACUAGCAAAGAAGUGGUACGAUGGGCUGACUACGGUUAAAUUCAGUUGGGCAGAGUGGCAACAAAACUUGCUAGAGGCAUUUCCGGACGAUCAAAAUUAUGCUGAUCAGCUGGUAGAAAUGUUAAACCGUAAAAGUAGGCGCAAUGAAACUCUAGUCGAGUAUUUUUACGACAAAAUUAUGCUCAUAAAUCGCUGUAAACUUAAGGGUCGUCAAGCAGUGGAUUGUAUAAGUCACGGUAUUUAUGAGUAUAAUAUUCGUAUGCACGUGGAAGGGGCUCACUACGAUGACCCCAAUCAGGUCCUUGAAUAUUUUAGAAACAUUACACAUAAGAAAAAUGAUACUACCGCAUUCAAAAAGACUAAUUCAGACCGUUACCAAGACUCCUCUCGGAAGUUUGAAAAUAAAUCUUCGAAUGAUAAUACGUCAAAUCAGAAAACCCGUUCAGUAAGUUGUUACAACUGCGGGGAGCUCGGGCAUACUGUAUAUAAAUGCUCUAAAGAAAUUCUUAAAUGCAACAAAUGCAAGAGACAUGGCCACCUAGAAAACAAUUGUAAGGCACAAAAAUUAUCUAAUACCAAUGAAAACAGCACAAUGUCAAAAAAGGUUUUCCUUAUAGCAAGUACCUACAACAGUGAUUCUAAAUAUUAUAAACAAGUCAGAGUCAAUGAUGUAGAAAUGACCGGGUACAUUGAUUUUGGCAGUGAGUGUACCUUGAUUACUGAGGAGAAAUGCAAAGAAUUAAACCUCAAUCUGAGUACAAAUGACUUGCCAAAGCUACGAGGAUUUGGCCAUAGUUCAAUAACUCCCUGCGCUAAGACUCAAAUUAGAGUCAAAGCAGACUUUGUAGACGUACAGGCCGCCUGA